UUAACCUGUUAGACAAACUAGUUCCGAUUUUCGGCUUAGGAGGCAAAAAGUAAACCUACAAAUCAUGUGAACCGACUCUUGAACUCACCAUCCAGUCCAGAUGGUGAGUUCAAACUUACAAAUCAGCGAAAACAUUCCUUUUCCGGUCUUCUGUGCCGGACUUCCUGUGAAAACAAGCACAUGUGGCGAGUACUUCCGCGUGCACAGAAGAGGCGGUAAAGUAGUAUAUUUAUAAGUAAUUGCUUUUUGUGGAGACACUAAACGAGGACUUUUGUGUACAAGAGUGGUCCAGCAUGAGUUUCGUGGAGUACUCUGACAUCAUCCAGGACGGAGAUGUGGCCAUCGUGUACCUGGGCCACGACUCCAUGAUGCCCAUCAAGGUGCAACACGGGGCCCAGACGCAGACGCGCUACGGCGCCAUCCGCCACUCCACGGACCUGAUAGGCCAGCGCUACGGUUUGAAGGUCACAUGCACCAAAGGCGGUUGGGUCCACGUGCUCCACCCUACGCCCGAGCUGUGGACUGUAACGCUGCCGCACCGCACGCAGAUCCUCUACACUACAGAUAUCUCCGUCAUUACCAUGAUGCUGGAGCUCAAGCCCGGCUCGGUCGUGUGUGAGUCAGGCACAGGCAGCGGCUCGCUCUCCCACGCCAUCCUGCGUACCGUGGCACCCACGGGCCACCUGCACACGGUGGAGUUCCACCAGCAGCGCGCCGAGAAGGCAGCCGAGGAGUUCCGGGAGCACCGUGUAGACCACCUGGUGACCGUGCGCAACCAGGACGUGUGCAAGGAGGGCUUCGGCGUGACUGGCGUGGCCGAUGCCGUCUUCCUGGACAUCCCCAGCCCCUGGGAGGCAGUGGGCCACGCCAAGGUGGCCAUGAAGAGGCACGGAGGCCGGGUGUGCUCCUUCUCGCCGUGCAUCGAGCAGGUCCAGAGGACGUGCGAGGCACUAGCGAAGCACAGCUUCCAGGAGAUUAGCACCAUGGAGGUCCUGCUGAGGACCCACGACGUGCGCACUGUCUCACUGCCGCUGCCUGACUUCGGCCCCGACGACACCGCCCAAGAGAAGGAGACCCCUAGCAAACAGGCCGUCUUCAUGCUGAAGACCACCACACCGCCCCGGGAGAUCCCCGGUCACACGGGCUACUUGACCUUUGCCACCAAACCUAGAACCUAGAGUCUACAGGGGGCGUGGCUUGUGGCGGACGCAUCAAAACCCGCUAUUUUUUUUAAUUUGUUGCUUGUAUCAAGCAAACAUCCAAUUAGAAGAUAUUUGAGUUUUAUGAAUCAGGAAGUUUUGUGUUGACAUGGAAACAAUAAACAACAACAACGUUCAUAUUUGUUGUUUUGGAAGCAAAGUCAUACCCCCGCUGCUUUUUACUAGCAUGUGCCACCCCUCACCUUCUUCGCCUCACAUCAGAUCAGUGUUCCUACUUGAGUGGGGGCAGCCGUCUGCCUCGACUGCAGCCACUACAUCUUGCGUCGGCCACACGACGCGCCCACUAAUCCACUGCGACUUACUACUUGGAGUUAUAAAAAGCACUGUGGGCCGUUUGGCUCGGCAGGGUAGUCAUGGGCGGCUACUCGCUACUCAGAAUCAGUCGGAAAGAGUCCAAAAGAGAAACGUGAAUCACUUCCUGUUGUUGGUACUUCCUGGUAGAACUUACUGUCCUCUGAUUGGAUAAACUAUAAGUCCUACCUUUGACAACUUUUUUCCAGGGAACAUCUCCAUCAUCAAGUGUCGGGAAGCAAGAAUGGCAAGAAAAGAUCUUUAGAGGGUUUUAAGUUUAUAUUUGCGGGGGUUUGGAGCUCUUUUUUCAGCGAUGGCCUUGAACUGAUCGUCUUAUGUCUCUUGCCUGGUACCUCCUCAAGAUCCAACACGACAAACGACAUUUGUACCAGGACAUUUCCUGCUCAUUGUUUUGGGCAAAGCCACUGCAAAAACUCUGGGGUGUCCAAAAUGCGUCCCUGGGGGCCAUUUUCAGCUGGCAGCUGUUUUUUAUUGGCCCUUGGCUUACUGUGAAAAGAAAAU